AUGACAGGAACUGUUGACGUAGAAGAAGUCCUCUCCAAGCUCGACGUUGUGGAAAAGGUCUCCCUGCUAGCAGGCGCCGAUUGGUGGCAUACGCAGUCCCUCCCUCAACAUGGCGUCCCUGCGAUUCGAGUCUCUGAUGGUCCCAACGGUGUCCGCGGUACCAAAUUCUUCAACGGUGUCACAGCAGCAUGUUUCCCCUGCGGGACUGCUCUAGGUGCAACAUGGGAUACAGACCUCUUACACAAGGCUGGCAUUGUUAUGGGACAUGAGAGUAAGGCAAAAGGAGCACAUGUGAUUCUUGGACCUACGAUAAAUAUACAGCGUUCUCCUCUCGGAGGUCGGGGUUUUGAGUCCUUGUCAGAAGAUCCUGUGCUGGCUGGACUAGGAGCUGCAGCUCUCGUCAAUGGUAUCCAAGAGACUGGUAUCGUGGCCACGAUCAAGCAUUUCUUGUGUAACGAUCAAGAACAUGAGCGGAGUGGGACAAAUGCUAUUGUAACUGACAGAGCUCUGAGGGAGAUUUACGCCUUGGCAUUCCAAUUGGUCACCCGCGACUCUUCUCCUGGGUGCUUUAUGACAGCAUACAACAAAAUUAAUGGCUUGCACGUCAGCGAGAAUCCCAAACAUUUAAGGGAUAUAUUGAGGGGUGAAUGGGGAUGGAAUGGGUGUAUUAUGAGUGAUUGGUGGGGCACAUACUCGACCUCGGAGGCUAUUAAUGCUGGCCUCGACUUGGAAAUGCCAGGUCGCACCAAAUGGCGAGGCGAGAUGUUGGUCCAAGCCGUUGGGGUAGGUAAGGUACCGCAGCAUGUCCUCGAUGAGCGAGUUCGGAAUGUUCUGAAGCUUGUGAAUCGUUGCGCUGCUGCAAAUAUACCAGAAUAUGCUGAGGAGAAAAUGGCAAAUACUCCGGAGACUGCGGCGUUGUUGAGGAAGAUUGGAGCUGAUUCUAUUGUCUUGAUGAAAAAUGAAGGCAAUAUCCUACCGUUGAGGAAGGAUAAGAAGACACUGAUAUUGGGCCCCAAUGCCAAAGUUGCAACUUACCAUGGAGGAGGGUCAGCCUCUCUGGCCGCAUAUUAUGCAGUAACACCAUUUGAUGGCAUCAGCUCUCAACUUACCUACCCACCAGAAUACACAGUUGGCUGCUAUGCACAUAAAGACCUCCCGCUCCUCGGCACCCUACUCAAAACCGAUAAGGGAGAGCCGGGCGUAACAUUCCGUGCCUACAAUGACCCACCCUCGGUUGAGAACCGCGAGGUCGCUGACGAGAUCACUCUUACGAAGACCGAACUUUUGAUGAUGGAUUACAAUUGUCCCAGACUCAAGAGCUCCCUUUGGUACGCCGACAUUGAAGGCUCCUUCACCGCCGAGGAAGACGGGGACUUCGAGAUGGGUUUAGGUGUUUAUGGAACGGCGAAGCUGUAUGUCGAUGGCAAAUUACUGAUUGAUAAUGAGACGGUGCAAAGGCAGGGGACUAUGUUCUUUUCAUGUGGGACUGUUGAAGAAAAAGGCAUUCUGCCAAUUAAGAAGGGCCAAACAUAUCGGAUCAAAGUCGAGUUUGCGAGCGCCGCGGCUUGCAAGCUUGAAAAGGGAAGUAAUCCUCUCUUCGGAGGCGGUGCUGUUAGGAUAGGUGGCGCCAAGGUCAUUGAUGCGGAUGAGGAAGUGAAGCAUGCUGUGAACUUGGCGAAAAACGCCGAUCAAGUAAUUAUAUGUGCUGGCUUGAACUCCGACUGGGAAUCCGAAGGCUCAGACCGUGACAGCAUGUCCCUCCCGGGGCACAUGGAUGCCUUAAUUUCCGCCGUCUCAAAUGCCAAUCCAUCCACAGUAGUCGUCAUGCAAUCUGGAACACCAGUCGGCAUGCCCUGGAUCUCCUCCGUUAACGCUCUCAUCUAUGCCUGGUACGGCGGGAACGAAACAGGCAAUGCGAUUGCCGACAUCUUAUUUGGAAAUGUGAACCCGUCAGCUAAGCUGCCGUUGAGUUUUCCGAAGAGAAUUGAGGAUAAUCCUGCGUUUCUGAGUUACAGGACGGAGAGGGGCAGGACCCUCUAUAGUGAGGAUGUCUAUGUGGGGUAUAGGUGGUAUGAGCAGCUGGAUUUGCCGGUACUUUUCCCUUUCGGCCACGGACUUUCAUACACGAAAUUCGAGUUCUCGAACCUGAAGGUCGAGCAGGGGGAGAAAAUGCUCAAUGUCAGUGUCCAAGUCAAGAAUACGGGGAACAGGGACGGCGCGGAAGUAGUACAGGUCUAUGUGGCCCAGAAAAAGCCGAGUAUCAGGAGGCCGAAGAAGGAACUGAAAGGUUUCAAGAAGGUAUGGUUGGAGAAGGGAGAAGAGAAAGUGGUUCACGUGUCGAUCGAAGUCAAGUAUGCGGCAAGUUUUUGGGAUGAGGUUAGGGAGGCAUGGAUAAUGGAGAGAGAUGGGUACGAGGUUUUGGUAAGCAACAGCAGUAACGCGGAGAGUGCACUGAAAGGGAGCUUUGAGGUGCAGAAGACGAGUUGGUGGAACGGGCUCUAG